UGGCGGCCCGCCGGCCUGAGGAGAAGGCUUAGGGCUGGCGUUCAGGCCCCGGUUCGGGCGUGGUGAGAACUGCGCCUCGGGAGCGGCCAGUCUCGCUGUUUGGGGUUGCAGAGAGGCUGUGGUCUCGGUAUCGGCCCCUGGUGAGGUCGAGCAGUUCCUCACAGCAGCGUUCCUCGUUCCACUUUUCGCUGUGUCAAUACCGGAUCUGUUAGACUGAAUGAAGUGGGGAAAAAAAUGUUAUUAUCACAGCUGACUUCCCAGCUGCUGAAGGCUUCACGAGUUGCAAGGCACUUUCUGCCGAGGUCAGUGUCUUCCUUUCUUUGCUGUCAUUCUACAUCUGUGAACUAUUGCACACAGCCACCUAAUAAGAAUGGAGCCCAGCCUCAGCGGUGGCACGUGCUGGAGCCUGAACUGGAAGAGAUGUUGGUCCCCAGAAAGCUUUCCAUCAGCCCCUUAGAAAGCUGGCUGACAGUCACAUACUCCCUUCCUAAAGCAGAGGUCAGUAGUGCUCAGGAAGAAGAGGGCUCUGGGCCUUUCCAGAGAUAUGACUGUCCUCCAUCUGAUGAAGGAGUUGAUGUGGAAGAAGGGGAAGGAACGCCAACCAAUACACUGCAGUGUAAGAACGUGUUGAAGAUCCGCAGACGGAAAAUGAAUCGACACAAAUACAAAAAGCUGCUAAAGAGAAGGAAGUUUGUGAGAAGGAGGAUAAAGGAGGGGCGCAAGAAGAAACGGCAGGUAAAAUUUGAGAAAGAUCUGGAGCGCAUCUGGAAAAGAGCUGGUUUGAAAAAGCCUCCUGCAGGAUGGCAAACACCCAAGAUAUUUCUGAAAAGUUCCAAGCAGUAGAAAUACUUGUAACAAGUUUUCACGUGUAAUUGUAAUUAAAAGAAAUAUUUAAGUACGCAGAUUUCUCUUAACCUUUUUCCUUGUGUGAUAAGAUUUGGAAGUCACUUUCAGUCUCGAUGAGCUCUGAUGGGGUGGACUGGCUUCUGAGAAAGGGGAAAGUGAGUUCCCAUGGGCUCUUGAUCCUGCAGUGUACAGAAAAGCUGAUCUGAAAAUGUGUUUACUUUUACUGACUGGCUGCAGGAAGAUUGACUCAACUGAAACAGAAGAAAAAAUGUUGUGUGGAACUCAUUGCUACAAGGUACAGUUUAAUUUCAGUGCUGGAAGGACAGGUGACUCCAGGCAUCAUAUAGGAAGGUUCCUGGGGCUUCCUGCUGUUGUCGCUAGAUGGCAGUCAAUUCAAAGCUUCUGAAACGUGGCAGUGAAUGAAAAGUUGGCAGCUGGCUGGAUCUGCAUGUAGGUAUUGUAAGGAAAGGGGGGCACUCGUGUCACACAUGGUUAAAAAUUGAUUAUUCUUGGUGGAGAACUACCAACUUGCUGAGAACUAUAUUGGAGUCGUGUAGAGACAGGUGGGUAGCACAUUUAAUAGAUCUGAGCCAUAUGUUAACAGUAGGCAGUUUUUCUCAGGGAACUAAAAAGGCAUUCCUUCUUUGUGCUUUAAAUAUGCUGCAGAUGCUUUUUAUUGAGACCAGUAGGACUGGAUGAGCACAGCUGGAAUAAGAUGGCCUUUCUCAUUCACUGCUGCUACCUUCUCUUAUUUAUUUUAAUACUGGGAUAGUAAUUAGAAAAGAGAAUUACUGAAAUAGUAAUAAUUGCAAGUUAACUUUUGUGCUAUGACAGUGAUUAUACUAGGGCACUUAUGUGGUAAAUUGCAAGUCUCCACUAAGUAAAGUAGCUUGUUAAAUGCUAUGCUGUCUGAGUAGUCGUCCUGUCCUCCAAAUGACAGUCUGUGAAAUGCAGUCAUUACUUCUACAUCUAUUAGACAUAAUUAAGCAACCAGGUGUUGAUGGAACUAUUGUGUGAUUUACAAAAUUGUCUGACUUCUACCUGUGGAAGUUACUAUCAGUAUUAAUCAUACAAAUGCUGCAUUCCUUUUUGCAGUAGUGUAUCAAAGCACAUCUCAGGAUUUGUGCUUUCUUUACAUGGCAGGUGCUGCAAAGACCCCAUCUUUGUGGCAUGAAUCAGGUAACAUGCACCAGAAUUAUAUUAAGUUGCUUGAACUUUUUUGACCACAGGAUGCAAUUUUCAGCUCACUUCUAACAGAAGGAAGCUGUACCAUUCUUCUGUAGGAGGAGCACUAGUGCAUAGUAUACUACUCACAGAGUUUUGUUGUGAGUUGCUGUUCUGUCCCAAAAUUUGUGUGUGCCAGUGUACCUGCACAGUUACCAAAUGCGUGCAUACAUGUGUGUGUGGCUGCAGUAGAAAAAAGGCUGAAACAGGAAAGGUUUGGCUUUAAGGCUCUUCCAUCUCCUUGUUAUUCUGCUGCUCUGUGUUGCAGAGAUUGGAGAUAUCCAGCGGGGAUGGAGAUUUCAUAUUUGAGACUGUAUGACAGCUCUUUGUCUGGAAAGAUCCUUCAAAAUUGGAAUAUGAAACCAAUUAUGCUCACACCCCCUAAAUCUUGGAUUGUGUAGACUUGAGUACAGACAGCGAACUCAGUUAGCAGAGGAGAAAACCCAGUUUGGUAGUUUUGUCAGUUUGUGCUGACAUGAGUUGGCUCUAAAACAACUGAUUUCAGAAGGGCUGAAAGUUCUGAAAUUGAUUUCUCUAAACCAAAGCAUCGCAUUGAAAAUGGAAGCAGUGAUGUUCUCCCUUUUGGAAAGGUCAGACCCAGUAACAUGAUGACUGCAGGCUUCCAAUGAAUGUGUGACAGAAAUACCAUCUCCUUGUAGUACAAGAAAAUAAUGAUUGCUGGCAAACUUGAGAUUUUAGUUGUCUCCAUGAUCUCAGUAGUGAUGUUUCUCACUGGGGUAGGAAUUAGAUGCAUUUUAAGGCGUAUGCUCUGGUAAAAAAAAAAAAAAGUGCAUUGCUCAGUGGUAUCUGUAUGAAUUCCUGAAGUUUUUUCCUUGUUUCUGGACAUAAAAGGAUUUUUGAAUAUGUCAUGACUCUGGGAAGCUCAGGUUCUUUUUGUAUCUGUAUUGCAGGUGGUGUUUUUCUUUCUUCCAUUUGUAGUCUCAGGAGUGGCUUAUGAGCAGGAGCUGCUAGCCCAGUGUUUCUGGGUAUGUGGUGUACAAAACACCUUUCAGAGAGUGAUUGGACUCUGCUCCUGCUGUUACCUAACCGGCUGAGAUUGCUUGGUAAUUCCUGAGCAGAAACAAGGAACCUUUACUGUGGUGAGCUAAAGCUAGCAUUAAAGGGGCACUGUUACAACGUUACCCAGCGUAAAUCGAUGUAUGUAUUUUGGCUUCUUUAACUGACCCUGUUCUUUUCAAAGUACAAAGCCAGCUCUGCUUUGGUGGAUGUAAACCCCAGUCCCUGUCUUCCAGAGGUAAUACACUACCCUUGUCUACAGUAGCUCAGAAUCUGGUUGAAGUGAUCUUACUGAUCUUGCAAACAGCACCUGUGGAUAAAUGAAAUUACAUCUUUACAUCAUUCAUGCUGUUCUGCUGCUGGCAUUUCUGUUCAGACUGUGAAAACAUCCUGGUUUGGGUUUGCUGGGGCUGAGUCUGGUCAGUUCCUCUCCAAAAAUAACAGCAUUCUGUACUUUACCUGAAGCCUUUCACUUUGCAGAGCUUAAAUGGUUCUGAAGAGUAGAUUUUGCUGUCUGCUGGUGUAGGAAAAAAAGGAUUCAAUAUCUGUAGCUCCUGCAGACAUCUGGGCUAGUUCUAAGCAGUGUGCUGGCUUAACUGUGGAGGUAUCUAUUCUUGCUUGCCUUUCCCUGUAAGAUGGGAAGAGAACUGAAACAAGGAGUUCUGUGAGUCAUAGAAUUUAAGAACAUCUGAUACUCCACUUCUUUUAAUUCCCUGAAAUAAGACUGAGUUCUGUAGUCAUGAUCACUGCAUGGUCAUCAAUGCAUAGAGUCAUAGAAUCAUUAAGGUUGGAAAAAAACUCUAACAUAAUGAAGUCCAAAUGUAAAUCCAUCCCCACCAUGCCCCUCAGUGCCAAAGCUGCCCUUUCUUGAACCCCUCCAGGGAUCUGGGACUCCACGACUUUCCUGGACAUCUUCAUUGUGAUGUGUUUCUAAAUCCCACAAAACUGGUAAGAACUAUAAAAUUAUAAGACUUCUUCACUGCUCUCAAACAUAGCCAGAACAGGGGGUACAAAGUAACAGGAAGAAGGUUGAAUGGACAAUUGGGAUUGUGUAUCUAUAUGUCCCUUGUUUUCUUAGGAAAUGUGGUUAAAAUCUUGUUUACAGUAAAAGCAUAGUAUUAAAUAUUGGUUAAAAAUAAUUGAUUGUUGUUUUUACACUUGUCCAAUAAGCAGGAUGUGGUGCAGGUCAGGGAGGUGCUGUGCUGAAGGAGUUUCAUUGCCUUUGGUGUGAUUAGGUCUGAAGAAGACUAGAUGCUUUGGGAACCUCUUAGCAGCUGCCAGCACUGUGUCACAGCUGCUGCAGAGUGAUUGGUUUCAGACAAGGAUGUUGAGUCCCACAUCAGGAGUUGGCAUACCAGGUGAAAAAACUGAUAGCUUGGAAAUUGUCAGGUUUAUUUUAAAAGAACUGACAAUUCAUAGCAGGAAAUAGUCAAAUAUGAAAAUAAGCAGUUAUGGAGGAACGUGCCAAAAUAAAAGGUAGUAAAAGUGGCUAGAACAGUUAAAGUCAGCAGUGUAACUAUGCGUAAAUGGCACUGUGUUACUCACCAGCACUUUCCCCUAGGUGCUUUUGAGUCAGAGCUGUUUCCUCUUGUGACCAAAGGGUUUGCUGCUCUCAGCUCUGAGGCAGCUGGCUACUCUUCGUGGAGCAGCCUGCUGGAGGCUGCCCAGCAGCAGAAUCACCAGGCAUGGCCUGAAGUCAAAAUCUAUGAUUGGUCACCUGGACCUGGUAGGCCUUGGCUUGGCUUCCCUCAUUCUUAUUGUUUCAGUUACUGUACUGUCUUUUCUGUUGUUUUUCUUAGGUCUGAAUGAGCAUCCUCCAGAGAACUGUCAAUGCUUAAUUUUACUGGCUUAUGAUGUGGAAGAAUGACAUGUAUUAACAGCAUCCUGCCAUCUGUAAGAAAUUGUGCUAUAGGCCCAUCAGAAGGUAGGGCAGAGAGAAACGUGUCCUACUUCUGAUAACAUCACAUGUUCCUUGGGGAAAGGAAGAGUGUUGUUGCCCUCGGGAAGGCAGGAAAGCCUUUCUCUCACAAGUACUUUAUGCAAAAACCUGGGACUGUGAAAAGGAAACAAGCAGAAAAGCCCCAUGUCAUUAUUUCUGCCUUGGGUGCAGUACUAUCUCUGUGA